CGGGACUGCAAUGCUCAAUUCCUGGAGAGCUGGGAACUGCAAUUCAUUCAAACUCCAAAUGCUUUGCACAUCAGAACUUUCAUCCAAUUUAAAAUUCAAUUUGCGCAGGCUGGGAAACACAAUAGUUUCUGCCUGCUUGGUAUUUGCCAGUUUGCUCCAAGGAAAUAUGCUAGUGACAUUGCUUAGCACCAGUGUCUGCAACUUCUGGCAGCACACAUGUGGAGUGUACUGCACAUCACACAUAUUGAUAUUGAGUGUUGUGAGCUGGGUAAACUCAGUUGGCUUUGCUGAUUCGGCAAAUGUAAAUGGUUGAUAGCUGUGAAAAUACUUUAAAUUGCAUGAAUAUAGUUGUGCCAAUAGACCAGCCAUAUCAAAUAUAGGAGGGGCAUUACCAUGAUACAUCAUAUUGUCCAAACUAUCCACACCUGGCAUGUACUUUGCCAUUUGCUGAGCAAAUUUAUUUGCAUUGUCCAUAAU